ACGCAUGUACAACAGCCGGUUGCUUAGCGCACGUAAAUAAACUUGGGCUUGCUGACCGAUAAUUUGGCAUAGUGUGUAAACAAAUUCCUUUUUUAAUUUUAGGGGAUAAAACUGCACUGUUCUUAAGAAAUUAUUAGCCCACAACUUUAAACACAGAUUAUGAGUGUAAGAUCAUACAAUGCCUCUGUCAGAGUGGGAAACUGGAGUGAAAAUAUAUGCUUGGAAGAGGAUGGGCUCAAGAAUUAUUUGGAGAAGAGAGAAAGAGGAGAAUUACUCAUCCAGAAGAGAUCCAAACUUUCAGAAACGAUACUAAAAAGAACAGAACUAUCAGUAACGAAAGAUGGGCUUCUGCAUUUUGGUGACCAUGUCAUGGUGAUGAAUGAGGCACCGACAGAACAGGUUGCAAACAGUUUUGGUGACACCCCUCGAAAAUCAUGUACCUUAGCUGUGAACAUGGCUGAGAGUAAAAUGCACGAAGCAUUGCGGUUUGAAGGCAGUUGUGGCGCAUCGGCUUCAAAGAAUCUAGAGUCUUGUGCAAGAAAUUCAUUUGUCAUCACUCCAGUAAAGGACACAAAUAUCCCAUCUGGUUCGCCGUUAUUGUAUGGUCAACAUUUUUACUUGCGAACUUUACCAGGAAUUGGUGGUGAUUUGGUUUUGAGGAGUGACAUGGCAACAUUCCAGGCAUCUGCAAAGAAGUCACGCAAACAGCUUAUUGAAUUUGUUGAGGAACCAUCGUAUGCAACAGAAUGGACGAUUCUUUGCUACAAUCCACAAUUACGAAUGGAAACAGAAGGUUUACCGGUACCGGCGAAUCAAAAGAUAAUUUUCAACCACUGCAAAACCAAUCAGGAUCUUUGCAUUCUUACAGAUAAUAUUGUAAGAACUCCUUUUGGCAUUGAUUAUGAAACAGUUGCAUACACCAGUCUCGAUACUCAUAGAGCAGAGAAGGAUUUUAACCAUUGGAUCAUGGUAACCGGUUCUCCUAGCGAGCCAAGGACUCCUGCACAAAUCUUAAAAGUUGGCGAGCGACAGUAGAUGGCAAUAUUGUAAAUAAUUUAAUAAUAAUUCUGUUAAUAUAUAAUUGGAAAAAAUAACAAACAUUUACAAAAAGAAUAAUUCUGUAGUCUUAUUUUCUUUUAAACUUUUCAUUUUAUUACAUUUUUUUUCUAGGGAUAUUAAGUGUGGUUCCCACUGUAAUUCAUUGUAUUGCCUUAGUAUACAGUACAUAUACCAUCACCAGCAGAGUCAUAAAUAAAAUAUAGAUGUAGCUUGUUCUCUAGUCACAGGGCGCUGGGUUAAAACCUAGUGAACGAAAAGUUUCUUUCACACAACUAGAAACAAUUCCAUUCUCUAGCCUCAUAAUGUUAUUUAUACAGCCACGCUUUUCAUCAUGUUAACCCUCGUUUCCUUCUCGCUAGUGUUAUCACUGUAUUCAAUACAUUAUAGCUGUCCCCAAAAAAGCACUGAUAGCCUGUCGCUGGUAUUUUAUGGAAACAGGCUUAAAUGUCGAAUCACUCACUAUUUUAUUAGACUGAUAAUAACAAAAUUUAAAAUAUGAUACAAUUGCAAAUUGUUAGGAGUGUUUAUUUUAUAAAAUUUGUGGACAUAAAAAUCCAAAGACAAAAAACUAAACAUUUUCCCUCCUGAGGUUUCUCAAUUGCAGUAAAAAUAAACAAGGGAUCUCCAAACCACCAAUAGAAACACAAAAUUGAUUGCAAGAAUUUGGGCUUCUAUAGAUACCAUGCUUUAUGUUUACAAAACCAAAAACCAUUUAAUUUUUGAAGCACCUAAAACUGAAUAUAUUAUUUGAAAUAUAAUUUGUACAUUUCAUUGGACCACACACUAGCGGUGGCGCCAGAAAUUUGCCAACAAGAGGUCAGCUGGAAGGGUCCAAACCCAGGCGACGAAAAAGCCUCGGUCGACAGCCCGGGGAAAAAAAUCCCUGUUAGGGUUCAUGGUGUAUAGUUUUUAUGGUUUGGUUUGGUCCUAAAUGUGCUUUUAGACCACAAUAUUUGGGAUUGGCAAUCAAAAUAGCGUUAUUUGGAUAGGCAAAUUAUUAUUUUUUUUUUAUUUUUGUUUCGACGACUUAGUCAUUCAUCGGUUGACAUAGGGGUCUUGGCCCCACUGGCGCCACCGCUAUACACAAAGACAAAAGAUAUGUUAACUUAAGAAAAUAUUUUGUAAAUACUUUAUUGUACAGUAUUAAUAAAACAUCACUUAUGAUUUUA